ACGAGAGUGAGUGAAGAAGGAAGGUGAGGGUGAGUGUGGUGUGUUUUUUGUGCGCUUGCAGCAUAAACAGUAGUCAGUGGAGGGAGUCUGUGUGUGUGCCAUGCCCCAGGAGUAAUGGACUCCCAGAACCGGGCUGCACUGGACAUCUCCACCCGGAACCCCCAGGAUGACUUUGAGAUUCUGCUCCGGGUCGGUGGAGGCACCUAUGGCGAGGUUUACAAGGCUCGGAACAAGCAGAACGGGGAGCUAGCGGCCAUCAAGGUCAUCAAGAUGGAGCCAGAGGAGGACUUCUCAGUAAUCCAGCAGGAGAUCGUCAUCGUGAAGAGCUGCAAGCACCGCAACAUUGUGGCCUAUUAUGGCAGCUAUAUACGGGCCAACAAGCUGUCGAUCUGCAUGGAGUUCUGUGGAGGAGGCUCUCUCCAGGAUGUCUACCAUGUGACCGGGCCUCUCUCUGAGCUUCAGAUUGCAUUUGUCUGCAGGGAGAUGUUGCAGGGUCUGGAUUAUUUACAUGGCCAGAAGAAGAUUCACAGAGAUAUAAAGGGUGCCAACAUCCUUCUGAAUGACCAAGGAGAGGUGAAGCUAGCGGACUUUGGGAUUUCGGCACAGAUCACGGCUACUCUGGCACGGCGGAUGUCCUUCAUCGGGACUCCUUACUGGAUGGCGCCAGAGGUGGCUGCCGUGGAGAUAAAGGGGGGUUACAAUGAGCUGUGUGACGUGUGGUCUGUGGGAAUCACUGCAAUCGAGCUGGCUGAGCUGCAGCCUCCCUUUUUCGAUGUGCACCCACUACGGGUGCUGUUCCUCAUGUCCAAAAGUGGCUACCAGCCUCCUAAACUAAAGGAAAAGGCCAAAUGGUCCUCGAUUUUCUAUAACUUUGUCAAGGCGAUGCUGAUCAGGAACACUAAGAAGAGACCCAGUGCCUCAAAGAUGCUGACACACCUGUUUCUGACCCAGCCGUGUCUGAGACAGGAUCUGAUCUUGGAUCUGCUGGAGAAGCUGCAUCACCCUGAGAAACUGAAGCCCUGCCUGCCGUCUGAGGAGGAGGACGUGGAGGUUGUGGUACCAGGCUCCUUGAGAAGGAUUCACUCCAUUAACAGACACAACCAGGCAGAGAGAACCAACUCCGACAUCAGCUUGGAGCAGCUCUACACCAGGAGGCCAGUAAAGACAGCCUCACCAGAAGCAACGGUACGACCUACAGUACAGUGUCGCACACUGGGAUCCACUGGCAGCGACAAGAGCCUAAUCAGAGACCAAUGCAUGGACUCAGAUGAUGACUAUGAUGACGUGGACAUUCCCACCAUCUGCACCAGAAGCGAAACAAUCCCCCUAGAUGACACCCCACCCCCACUCCCUCCUAAGCCCAAAGUUUGUACCAGUUCAGAGGAGAUUGUGACAGGAGAGGACGAACGUGGCCGGACACUGCACUCCCUCUACGCCCCCUUGCCCCUCCGCCGGACCUCUAGUGGUACCCACACACGCCCUGUCCCCCGUCCACGCUCCCAGCGAAACAUCAACUCCGACCCUGUUUCCUUCCCAUUACACAUAACAGACAGACCAGCGGACCUCCAACCUCCUGAGCUGCCCCCCAAGAAAGACAGGAGAAGGAGACAGCCCCCCCAGGGUCCAGUUGAAUGUGCCAGCCCUGUGCUGAAGAAACCUCCAGUGUACUUUAAGAAAGUAUUCAAUGGCUGUCCGUUGAGCGUGAAUUGUUCAACGAUGUGGGACCAUCCGACAACCAAAGACCACCACCUGAUCCUGGGAGCAGACGAGGGGAUCUACACCCUCAACCUGAACAGCUCAGAGGCCACCAUGGAGCUGCUCUAUCCAGGAAAGUGCAGCUGGGUUUACACCAUUAGUAAUGUCCUCAUGUCAAUAUCAGGUAAAUCGUCCCAGCUCCAUUCUCACUUACUGAAGGAGUUGUAUGAGCAGGGCCGAAAGGAGCAGCGAAUGGUGGCCUUGCCAACCCACAGACUAUUGCCUAGGAAGUUUGCGGUCUCAUGUAAGAUACCGGACACCAAAGGCUGCAAGACCUGCUCAGUGGCCAGUAACGUGCAGCAGGGCUGUGUGUUCCUGUGCUGUGCCCUGGAGGCCAGUGUGGUGCUCCUGCAGUGGUACGAGCCCAUGCAUAAGUUCAUGCUCAUCAAGUCCUUUGACUUCCCCCUGCCCAGUCCCCUGCGUGUGUUUGAGAUGGUGGUGGCACCGCAGCAGGAGUACCCUCUAGUGUGUAUUGGGGUACACAGGGGUCCCAGUCCUGAGCAGCCCAUUAAACUGGACAACAUGAACCUCAACUCCAACACCUCUUGGUUCACCAACACUGGCUUAGAGAGCCGGUGUCCUGACACAGUGCAGGUGAACCAGCUGGACUGUAACACUCUGCUGGUGCUCAUUGAGAAUUCAGUACACAUAGUGGGCCUGGAGGGGGAGCAGAGGAGCCACAGGAUGCUUCAAGCUGAGACAACUUUCACUUUUGAUGUGGAAGCUGUAGUGUAUUUUGAGAACAGUCUGCUGGCUGUGUGGCGUCAUGGCUGGCAGAGGAGAGGAGAGGGCCCAGAAGUACUGCAGGAGAUCACAGACUCCAAGAAGACCUUCCGUCUAGUGGGAUCAGACCGGAUAGUUGUCAUGGAGACACGGCAGAGUGAGGACCAUUCGGAGCUCUGUAACCUGUACAUCCUGGAGAUUGCGGAGAACUAUGUCCCAGUACCUUGAGAACUCUAGCACUUGGGACCAAGCUCAAAGUAGCACCACCUCGAAAAUAUCAAGCAGCAGCCAUGGCACUGUGUUCAUGUCCAACAAUACUGCUGUGCUGCUGGUUUAAAGGAGCACAGGCUGAAUUCCUCCCUCACAAUCUGGGAGCAGAUGGAGUGCUUCCACUGCCAGCCCACACAGGCAGAGUGUGCCAAGACACACAUGUGCAUUCAUUCCUCCACAAAGACCUAUUUCUCCUGUAACAGUACCACAGUACCUACCCUCUGCUGCAACCUGAUCUCAGAGCAUUUCGUAUUAUUCUGUAUGCAAAUCAGAUACGCUCCAUUAAGUAUGAUAUGUUACGUUUCGUAUGGUAUGUAUUAAUUGAUGGAUGUCCAUCAUCCAUUUCAUAUGACAUGUU